GUCAACGAAGAAUUAUGUGUGGGAUCUCUCUAGUCGAUCAGCUGUGUAAUAGUUACGAGUAUUUAAAUUUAUACGUCUAGACAGUGGAAUUGGAAGAACUCGUGAUUGACAUUGACUGCCAGGCACUGUUGAUCAUCUAUUCUAGAUGAAGGCACCUCUAUUCUAGAAGGCUCAUCCGAAUUGAUUGAAAUUCGUACCAUGAUGAGGCGGUCAUCUCCGUUGCUCUGUGUAAGCAGCUUUGUAUCUAUUAUAAACUUGACCGUGGAGGGAUAGGCACGAAACGCUUGACUUGUAGUUGAUCAUCUAGAAGGCUCAUCCACCUUACUGGGUUCCGCUUCCUUUUACUAGUACCCAGUCUAAAUGAAGCAGGACGAAUGCGCUAGCCUUGAUGUCCUCAGCAACGAAAUUUCAGAAAAAGGUCGGCGGACAUACAAGUGACGAUCAGUCUGCGUCCUCGAGUUCGAGUGCAGCGAUGGCAAAUAGAAAUAGGAACGUGGAGGUCAAUAGCGGAGGAGCAAGAACAUCAACCACAAGUAGCUCCUUAAACCCCCCUGCGAAUCAGAGUGCUCCUGGUGGUCGACGUCAAGAAAACCUUAAAAGCAACGUUGCCUCUGCCGGUUACCAACGUCUAUGAGGAUGCUUGUAAUUAUUGAAGAUUGAGUACAACUACAAUCGAAAGGUGGAUCAUGUUGAAUGUUCUCGUUGUUCCAAAGAACUUAAUAUAUAACGUCGCACUUGGCCUUGGUAGGUGUACCCCUCGAAGUAGUAGUUGUUAAGCCAUGAUAUUUUUAACCACUACUGCUACUGCUACUGCUAGUGCUCCUACCACUUUAGUAUUACUAGGUGGACACGACGUGGUACUAAGCCUUUACUACAAGGUGGACACGACGUAGUAGCAUUUUCCAUUCGUAGUGGUAUCUGCGCAUACAUUUAUUUUUCCUUCAUAGGGAAAAAAUAGCCCGUUUCCACCUUCAUAGUGGUAUCUGCACAUUUAUGCAGCUGGCAACAAUCGGCGGCCACACGAUUACUUCCUCGAUCGCGAAUGUCCGACCUUGGAUUUCGCCUUCCUAAAGGCACCUUUGUGGAAAGACGCACGCCUUCUGGACCCAGAGUGCUAUUAAGGUUCUUUCCUUUGAGAACUUGAGUUAUUCAUCCUAUCAAGGUUUCCUUCCUUUAUAAGUGUAAUUCAUCUGAGUCUUAGAACUGGAAGAUAGAGAAGCUGAAGUAUAGUCUCUGAACCUGAAGUAGAAACUUCCUCUAUGUAAUUCAUUCUCGCUAUUUGUUGUAGAGAGUCUAGAAGACAACUGUCUCUACUAGAGAAGCAUCCUAGAAGGGUCGGGGUGGUGCCAUGAUAAGUGGGAAUCAUUCCAACUUCCCGUUUGCUUUGACUAAUCUCCUAAUGAAGAAGUAGAGCAUGUGUAACUAAGGGGGAAAGCAAGUAAGUGAACUCAUCUCUGAGAUCAUCAUCAUCCGGGAAAGACUCUCUGAAAGAUAGUCUGCUUCCUGAAUAUUACAAAGAAUAGUUAGAUACAUUUAGACACUACACACCUCGAAGACGAAGUUGUAGGGCACAACCGCGAUCGUAAGGCACGGGGGGAAGCAUCACCAAGAUGCUCCCCAAGAAGUAGGAGAUGCUUGCCACUGAGAUCCCCGAGCCGUUUCACGAUGUUGACCGAUUCCCCACCAUUCUGCCCAACAUGAAGCUCUAAUCCUAUCAUGGCGCAUUACUUAGCCGCGACGACGGCGACUACAACCAGAUGGCCAAGAACCCUUUUACUGUAUGAGAAAAGACGCGAAGCAGAAGCUACAACAAGCUUGCUCAUAUUAAUAGAACUAGAAGUAGGUUGCACUUGUAUAUGAAUGUAAUGCAUUGCCCUGAAAACUCUUCCUGCUGUGCUCGUUCUGAUCAUUUAUUUUCCUAGUGGAGAGCUAGUACUCCUACUCUGUCUUUAUUUAAUCACCGUCUAAUACUAAUUCUUCACUCUACUAUAUACUGCAUUGUUUUCCAUUGUUUUGAUAAUUUCUUGCUCUUGAGUUGAUAACCACCAUUUUUGUUUUGAUAACAUCCUCCCCACUCAGUUUGCACUUUGGCCUGUACCCCAAGAAUGGGCUAACUACUACCCCUACUUCUACAUUGCGACUCCAAUCCAGUCCUUUCAUCAUCGUCUUUACUCUAAGUAAUGAAGCUGUUGAUGAAAGAUGUAGUAGAUGUUGUACUUGUAGUCUACCUAGAUGAUUUGAAUUUGUUUCUGAUAAGGCAAUGGAGGUCAACACCAGCUGGUAGAAGCCGUAUUAUAUAUAAGUAAGUAACCUGUAUUAUACUACUGACAACUUCUUUAUGUAGUUGUUGCAGGGUACUGGAAAUUGAAAUCGUUCAUAUUACAUUUUUUACUUGUUCUACUUUUGUUAAUGUGUUAGAGUUAGGCCACGAUGAGUCACAACUGACUGCCUCGGUAAUGUUAACAUUGACAUCGAGUAGGACGCCUACAUCAAUAACGAAUUAUGCUCGUCCUUUCUCUCUUCUUGACUGGCACCUGAGUGUACGAGCGUCGAGUGAGCGUCUUCUCCUACUUUCUCCUUCGACCACCACUCUUUCACCGACAAGUAGAAGGAUCUAGAUCAUGGACUUCCUUGGAGUACUUAUAGUAAAAAAUCCACAUCCCUCUUAGAGUUUCUCGUUUCUAAUCUUGCGACGUCGUCGGUGGCAAGCAACGUUUGAGGACGGGAUGCGCUGCCUGGCUGAACCGGUCGAUUGCAUGGUGGAGAGGGGGACAGCACAACUCCAAUAUGAGUACAAGAAGGUAGUACUAGGAGACGAGAGAAGUGCUCCUCGUGGGCAACAGAGUCGUGUGGUGGAUUAUGAUCGUGAUGUUACUACUAGUAGAGUUACAGAAUCCUAGUUGUAGAACCUUCUAGUAGAUGACUUAAUAUUAUACAGGAGAGGUCAACACAAGGUCCUCGUUAUUCUCGUUUUCGUUUCCCCUAAUGAUAUCCCAUCUUCCCCAUUGUGAUGAGAGAUUUCGGCCGAGCUCUAAAGAAAGCAGCAGCAAGAGCAAGGAAUGAAUAUCAACAACACGUUGAUGAAGAACAUUGCGCAGAACAAAAAUUGCAAUACAAAAAUAGCUGUGCCAGAAGUGGACCUAGACGAGACCUCUACUACUAGCGCCUAUAAUGAUCGGGAACAACAACGGAGGGGGAACAACAACAAUGGAG